AUGGCUGUGUCUCCCGGAGGGAUCCCUGCUGAGCUGCAAGAGGGCAUCACCGCCUGCCUGGGGAUGAAGACGAUCCUCCUGGUCAAGAGUGUCCAGCUGCAGGUGAAACCCAAGUAUGAUGACUACAUCUUGGUGCUGACCCCCUGGCGAGCCUAUGUGCUACUGGUGACACUACCAGUGAGGGUGCACAGCAGUUUCAGCUUUUUGGAGGUGCAAGAGAUCACAGUGCGAGAGCCCAGCCUGGUUGUCAUAGAAACAGAUAUGUCUUCUUAUGUCAUCCGGCUUAUGUCAUUUGAUGAUUUGGAGUAAGUUGUCAUCCAUGUCACCAUGUCACUUAAGAAGGUCUUCCCAGAUUUGUCCCCUGGAGCACUGCUCAAGAACUCGCCCCCCAACCUGUACGAGAGGGUACGGAGGAUCACAGACUCCCUGGAGGAAAUGUUGCAGAGCAACCAAGGGCCCUGUGGUGGGUUUUCAGAGACUUAUGCUGCUUUAUGUGAUUACAAUGGCUUUACCUUUCGUGAGGAGAUCCAGUGGGAUGUGGACAACAUCUACCAUAGCCAAGACUGCAGGGAGUUCAACCUACUGGAUUUCAGCCACUUGGAGAGCCGAUGAGUCAUUCAAGACGUGGCACUGCGUGUUGCUGCCUUGUCCUUCAAUCUGUGGUUCACAAAGCUCUACUGCAAGGACUUCAGACUGAACCUGGAGAUUUCAGAGCAACUCCUGUAUAUGCUCAGCAAAUCAGUGACACUGGAGGAGUUGGUGCUGGAAAACAGGGGGCUAAAAUCUGACUUCGCUUAGAGGAUGGCCCAGGCACUCAGCAGACAUCCUGACUCUGUGCUGCACACUGUCAAUCUUGCUGGCAACCAGCUGGAAGACAGAGGGAUAAUUGCCUUCAGCCGGCACUUUGAGAAGAGGCCCAAGGGCCUGCAGAGCCUCAACUUGGCCAGGACAUCACUCACUGCUAAAGGAACGAACACAUUAUGCCAGGCCCUAGCAGCUAACGAAGCCAUCCGCUCUUCCCUCCAGCACUUGGACCUCUCCAGGAACCCCAGCAUCCUGGCCAUGGAUGACACUAGUAGUUUGCAGAACCUCCUCUGCCAGUGCGACUCACUCUCUCACCUCAGCCUGUCUGGCACUGACUGCUCUUUAGACAUCCUCUUUGGAGCACUGACCCAUGGAUGCUGCACCAGCCUUGCCCAUCUGGAUCUUUCCAAAAAUGUGUACUCACACAAGAGGGUGAAAGAUGUCUCUCCUGCCAUCAAGCAAUUUUUCAGCAAGGCCUGUGCCCUCAGGCAUGUUUCACUGGCAGGUACAAAGUUGCCUCCAGAUGUUGUAAGGGCUUUGCUGCAAGGACUGGCGUACAACAGUUGCAUCAGUGACCUUCACCUGGAUCUCAGCAGCUGUGAGCUGAGGUCAGCGGGGGCCCAAGUCAUCCAGGAUCUCAUCUCUGAUGCCAAUUCCAUCAGUGACCUGGAUUUGUCUGAUAACGGUUUUGACUCUGAUAUGGUGAUGCUGGUGCUGUCCAUUGGCAGAAGCAAGUCCAUUAGCCAUGUCUCUUUGGGGAAUAACUUUAACAUCAAAUCUAAAGAUGGGCUGGUGGAUGUCCUGCACCGUGUUGUCCAGAUUACCCAAGAGGAUGACUGUACUUUCCAGUCCCUGUCAGUGGCUGAGUCACGCCUCAAGCUGGGAACCAAUGUCCUGCUCAGUGCCCUGGGCUGUAACACCAGUCUCAUUGCUCUGGACAUCAGCAGCAAUGCCAUGGGAGACACCGGUGCCAAGAUGCUAGCCAAAGCCCUGCAAAUCAACACAAAGCUCAGGACCGUGGUUUGGGACAGGAACAACACAACUGGCCACGGACUCCUGGAGGUGGCUCAAGCCUUGGAGAGGAACUACACCCUCAAGUCUAUGCCCCUGCCAAUGAAUGAUGUGGUGCAGGUGUAUCGGAGCAACCCUGAGAAAACAGAGGAGGCAGUGCACAAGAUCCAGCCCUGCCUGACAAGGAACCAAAUGCGACACAUGCUGCUCACACAAACCUUCUGGCUGCAGCAGGGCAUCCUGACCACCUCUUCUGAACAGAUUUUGCCUCUGUUGUAUGAAGCAGGAAGCACCCCAUACCAGAACGGCAAGCUGCAGCAUAAGAUGGAAUGUCUCACAGAGGAAGUGUCACAGGCCUGUGGCCAGGAAAUCCAGGCGAUCAUGCAAGCCAUAUUGUACACAGUGCACAACCUGUGCCCGGCCAUGGUACAGAAGAGGGGAGUCAGGGACCAGCUGGUCAAUGCCAUGUCAGAGCGCAUCUAUCUCCAGGACCCCCUCAACCUCGGUUCUGUCCUGGACCGGAUGGUCACUGAUGUCUUCAACAAGCUGAACUCAAGAUUGGAGUCACCCCAUGUGGCUGUGCUGCCAGGGAGAGUGGCCUUUAAGGUGCAACCUGUGGCCUGUGAGAACAGUGAGGACAGGAGCAUCACCCGUGUGGAUGAGGGCCUUGAGGACUUCUUCACCAAGAAGCUCAUCACAGAGGACCUGCUCCCCACAGCACAGGGGACCUGCCCUGGAUCAGCGCUUCUGGCAUCUUCAAGCUCUCGCACCCUCAAGAAGAAAAUUGGGACCUUUUUUGCAUUCAAGAAGCCCAAGUUCAGCCGGGGCUCAAGGUGUGAGAAGGAGCCUGAGGGCAGUGUCACAGCCCCCAAAAGCAGACGGUCGGUGCUCAGUGACAUUUUACGGCCCCCCAGCAAGGCAGGAGAGCCACUGAGCAAGUCUGAGGAGGGGAGCCUUGCUGCCGAGCCCCAGACAGAGCCUGAGCACAGCCAGACUCCUGACUCUGCCUGCAGGAUCAGGCCCAAGUAUUCACGGGAGGGCAAGUCUCAGUCACUUAUAUUGCUGUCCGGGGAGGAUGAGGACACACUUGGGGUCAGGCACGACAAGAAGAGGCACCUGGAGAAGAAUGACAGGGAGCUUCCCAAUUCCUUCGAGCAACGUGUGCACAUCAAACUCCACCGCAUGGGUGUCACAAAGGGCCUGGCCACCGAGGGCAAGAAGCAGCAGAGCAAAGACAGCGAGAUCAAGAAAGCUGGUUCAGAUAGGGACAUUGUGGACAGCUCAGCAGACUCACCACCACCCUCCCUGAAGGCGCGCACACACUCCAUGUCCACAGACACAUCCUUACGGAGCAGCCCGGCCAACAUGAUGGAGGCCAGCAUAGGUUCUGCUGCUUCCAGGCCAGCCUGGAAAGUUCUGGAGAAGCAGCUGAACACAGAGCUGAAGGGGAAGAGCUCAGACCUGCCCUGGCACUCCCUCCCCAUCCCCAAACAGAGCAGGCAGCUGGAGCCAGCAGGCCAAGAGGGAUGGAGCAGCAGCCUGUCAUGGCUUGGGAGGAGCACACCAACAGCGCUGCUGCAGAGGGUCAGCCACUAUGGGGAGUCGGGCACCAGCACCACUCCACUGAGCCUGCCAGCACCUCCUGAUGCUGAAGACAAUCACUUGGCUCUGGGGCUGGUUGUGCCGAGCGGGACCAACCGCAGAGCUGUCUCCAUCCACAAGGACCAGCUCAGGGAAUCAGAGAGCCUGAUGGAGCUGGAGCAUAAGUCAAGGCCAGAGCAGGAGCCCCAGGUGCUGGGGAACAGAAGCACCCAGCCCUGA